AAUAUCGGAGCAAGUGCUUUUAGUGCGCGAUCGACAGUCGCCGUGUACUCAAAUAUUAACGGAUAAAUAUUCCCGUGUUUCAUUUAAUCCUCAACAUAUCCACGACAAGCGACAAUUCUCGCGCAAUCGCAAAUCAUAAUGCCUCCACCCGAUUUUUAACCCAUACUACGCAGUCUCUAGACAGAUCCUGAAGUUGAACAACCAAAAACCACUUCCCUGAUUUUAACUGUCAAUAACAUAUCAGCAGUCGUCAUAGCCAAAAAUCAAUAAACACACCAUACGUCAAGUGUCAGAUCAUUGAAAUCUUUCGUUAAUGUCAAAUCAUGAAAUUUCAUUGAUUUAUUUGUUUCGUUGAGCGGAGAAAAUAUAAUAAGUAUAAAUAAACGAGUGUGACACGUGCAAUUGGUUACUCACCUUGUGGUGGAAGGGAAAAAACCAUAAGAGGAAUAUCUCAGCAAGAUGGAUUUUAAGUUCAAUGUGAACAGACUUUUACCGAGAAAAAUAAACAAGGUCACACAGAGUUUGAUACCCGAGGACUUCAGGGGUGAUCGACGAGAAUUAAAUGAAUACCAGAGGCAGUUAUCCAGGAUCCUGGAUGAAAUGGGUGAGGCAUCAGCACGAGCCCAGGGUCUCACCAAGCCGAUAACGAGUGCUGUGAAAUUACGAGACACUGAUCACAUUGUCUACCUCCUGGUGGACGGCGAGGGCAACGGGGGUCUGGGAUGUGUCGUCGGCCUCUUGAAGACUGGCUCCAAGAAUCUCUUCAUGUUCGAUGACGUUGGAGUCCAUUUCCAGUUGCAACCAAGAUGCAUUCUCGAUUUUUAUAUCCAUGAGACAAGGCAGCGUAUGGGACUGGGAAAAGUUCUGUAUCAGCACAUGCUGAUGGAAGAGCGGAUGAGGCCUGUGAAACUGGCGAUCGAUCGUCCAUCCGAGAAAUUUUUACAAUUUCUGCAUAAACAUUAUGAACUCGAGAAGAUCAUACCCCAGAACAAUAAAUUCGUCGUGUUCCAGGGAUUCUUCGACGAUGAAUUUCAAGAUCCCCGGGGCAAUCGAUACAGUUUACAAUCUCGAGGAUCUGUUGACGGCUCAGUAUACAACAAUGACAUCCGAAAACCCCAAUCUGCUAGCAUCAAUGGACAUACGACUCCCCAUUCCGCAGCUCCGAGGAGCUCCUAUGGGCGUUAUGCAGCUGCUAGGCCCCAAUGUUCCAUGGCCAACAUAAUUCAUAAUGCCCCAGUUUUUGGCCAGACAACAGAAAGGAGCGGUGAAAUCCCGUCGACUCCUGGUGCGAAAGUGGAGCGUCCUCGGUCUUUGAGUCUUUACUCUGAGGAUGAGCACAGGGUUCGUCCCCAGGAGUCCAAUGCAACGACUCCUGCACCAGAGGUACAGGCGAUUCCAAUACCUUUUGUGGAGAUAAGACCUUCAUCGCGUUCAAUCGAGCCGGAGCCUCAGCCGGAGCCUGAGCCUGAGCCUGAACCAUCGCCGAGGCCUGAAUCCACUCCCAAGGAGAUUGAGAAAAAAAUUCAAAUCCACGCCGAGGAGAGACCAGCCUCCAGUGUCAAGGCAUCACCUUCUUGUGCUCAGGAAGUUGGUGGGAAUCAAUCAGGACACCUAGACCUCAAAUUCUAUCACUCCCCUUUGUGGUAGAGUUUUAAUCGCUCAUUCAAUCGCCGAGCAUAAAGCGAAUUUAAUUAUCAAUUCAAAUUCCUCAUUGACAACUGCAUCAGCUGAUCUCAUUAAUUAGACAUUUCUCUCGUAUUUAGUCAUUUUAAUUUGUUUAAUUCAAUCAUGUGACGUGGGGCAAUGUAGAAAUCAAUUGAUAAGAUAUUAUCAAUUAUAGGGAUCACUUAAAUCGCCAUCACCUUCGACUCGCAUUUGGAAAUAAUUAGAAUACUAUUAUUAAAUUAUGUUUAAGUCACUUAGAGCAGAAUCAUAAUCAAGAUCAAAAUUUAAAAUGCAUGAUAAAUUUUUCAAUCAUUGGAAUAGAAUAAAAUACUAUUACGCGUCCAGUGAAUUAUUAAAUUCCGAGAUAAUAUUGAAUGCUGUA